CGUGCUGCCCACCAGUUCAAACCUCGAGAGCGAAGCGAAGCGGAGAGGCCAACCCCCCACCGGCGGCAGCGGAGCCAUGGGGAGACCACGAGCGACCGCCGCCGCCACCACCUCCAGGCCCAGGCGCAACCCCAAGACAAAGCUGGGCUCCUCCUUCCUCUCCCCGCUCGCGACGCCGUCUGCCACACCGCGCACCCGCACCCGCACACGCAAGGGCGCCACCCGCCGCGGCGGCCCCUCCCCAGUGUCGUCGUCGCCGGGUUCUUCCCCCGCCGACCUCAACAUCAGCUUCCUCUCCUCUCCGGGCUCCGCCUCCCCGCCGAAGCCCAAGCCGAAGCCAAGGUCCAGGGCCAAGCCCAAGCCCAAGCCGAAGCCGGACCCCUCCUUCCUCUCCCCGCUCGCGUCGCCAUCGCUAUCGCCGUCGCCCGCACCGCGUACUCGCAAGCGCGCCGUCGUCGGCUCCUCACCUGUGUCGUCGUCGCCGGGGUUCUCCCCCGCCGACCUCAGCAUCAGCUUCCUCUCCUCGCCGGGCUCCCCCGCCUCCCCGCCGAAGCCCAGUGCCAGGGCCAAGCUCGCCGCGCGCGCCCCGCUCGUCGCCAGCCCCCGCGCCGCCACACCUUCACCCGCCGCGUCUCCCCAGCCUGCCUCGGUGGCGGCGACGGGGGUGUCCAGCGUCGGAGACCUCAGGACCGCUGUCGCCUCACAGAUGGAGAACCUCAAGCGCCGACUCGACGCGCUCCAUUCCCGCGCUCAUGCCGAACUCGAUGCGUCCUUCUCCCGCGUCUCCAAGCGAAUCAAGGUAAAAAUUUGCUCAAAUGGCAUGAUCCAAAACCAAGCCUGUCAGCAACUAGCAGAUGAAGUUGACAAGGAGCACAAGAAGAUGUCUGAUCAUAUAAAAGAAAGUUCUGAGAUUGCCAGGGCAAAGUACAAGCAGAUCAUCGCAGAGGCACAGGCAUCCACAGCUCGUGUGUGCAAGGUAACUAUCCCUGAGAUGACAAAAUCUGUGGAGAAAGCUAUUGAUGGUCUGUGCACCCGUUAUAAUAUCUCAAUGUCAGUUUAGUUACCAAGUACAAGUUCUAUUCACUACACUUUUGAAUAGCCUUCUUCACAUCAAUCGGACAGUUGAAUCCUCAUGUCGUGAUGGUGUGGUCGUUGUUUCGUACGUCCGUAGAUAAUCAGUAGAGUACAGAUACAUAGAAACAUCGAAUAGUUCAUGAGCAUAGGAAAGUGUGUAAUAUCAAGAGAGUUUAUCGGUAUCCCAUUUUUUUUCCCUGACUUAUCAAAGCAGGCCAUCGAAUGCUAAACUGCUGUUCCUUCUGAGAGAUCUCAAUUCUCAAUCUGACAGUCAACACCAGCGUAAUGUAAUAUACUACCUAUUACUCUAGAGUUAUUUUCCCUAAAGAUUGAAGAUGAACUAUUCUAUGAUCGUCCAAAACUCAGACCCCAUUUGAUUUCCCUUCA